AACAAGAGAAUUGAGACUAGUCCAAGAUGAAUAUGUUUCAAACAUUCCUCGCAUCAAUUCCCUCGAACCGUACAGAGAUAGUGAACGACCUGGAAAUCCCUGAAGUACCACUGACGCCAUACAUCUGGGAGCCAGACCCAAUCAGCAUCAGCGACAGUUCCCUGGAAACAGUUACGUCAGUUACUGCUGAAGAGUACGACGCUAGGAGCCUUAGCACGGAUUCUAGUGUCGCGCUGUCGAGGGCUAUGACUGGUUCGGAGUUUGACUAUGAUUGGUAUAGGCGGUACAAGCGGCUGGAUUUAAGUAAUCCCUGGGAGCAGAUGAGGAUCGGUUGGGCCGCGUUUCCACCCGAGCAUAUCGCCACACUUAACAGUCUCAGCCUCCAAUCGACCACGGACUCGACGGACAGCCCUCCCCCCUCCAUUCCCUUCGAACCGUUUCCGAGCCAAGAGUUCUUACGAAAGAUAGACCGUUUCUUGGAGGACGAGUGUUGCGUGUACGGGCCUGAUGACCCGGCGAUACUGGCGCUCGAGGAAGCACUAAAGGACGUAGACUUGGAGAAUCUUUAUUCAUAUCAGGAUGUCAUAGCAUAAACGCCGCUAAACAAACGAUGUCCGAUGGAAUGAUAAAGAAGAA